AUGUCGCUCCUUAUUCUUGUUUUACUCAUAUCGAUUCCAUUCGUCUCGUCAUCUUUUCACAUUCCGAAACUUGCACGAUAUCACACAUUUCUUCGAAUUGGUAAACGACAUUUCACUGAGCCUUGCAUCGAUUCAUCUCUAUGUCCAUCAUAUCGACAAAGAAUACCAAUUAAAUGUGUUAUACUUUUUAAUCGGAAUAUUUGUUGGUCAAAAUUAAAUCAAGGGGCAGCAAUGCACGAACACGAUUCCAGAGAUUCUCGAUUCAACAAUGGGUUCCUUCGAGACAAUACUUAA